AAUGAUGGUGCGUCUUGGUCAUAUCUAGAGGAGCCCUGGCGAUAUUUAUAUCUGGACCCUCGAAAUCCACUCACUCGAUAUAAACCAUCACGGAUAUUAAAGAACGAAUCCUCACUCACAGAGGAACAAACUGAGAUGGCGAGUCAGCCGACUCCAAGCCAUACAGCUAAUUAGUUGAAAGUUUAAUUUUUUAAAGAAAAUAUGAUGCUUUUAUAAUUACUUUCAAAUUUCACUUUCCAUAAGGCCCGGCACUUCACUAAGACAUGACGUGCGUGGCAUCAGGUCUGUUUGUUGUCCUAGCCCUGGCAUGUUCACGUACGUGGGCCACGAUCAAUCACUGUGAGAAUGUGGCCACAAGCGAAGGUUUGAGAGCUCUGUACGGCGGCCAAACCGCCUGCGCCCCUUUGCGCGACGGAGAGCCGGACUCGGGCAAGGGAGUCAGAUUUUUAGUUUGUGAGUCCGGAAAGGUUUAUACCAAAACGUGUGAGAACCAAACCAGGUAAGAUUUUAAGUUUAAAAAUCAGCAGCGUCCUGAAGGUCAACCAGAGGCGUGGAGCAGUUUUGGUCAAAUCAAUCAGGAGCAUAUACCCGUCUGUGUCCACAAACUAUUCUGUUAAGAAAUACUCAAGAUGGUUUUUGACAUCCAAGGUAAAUUAUAAAUAUGCACUUUAUGACUAUAUAACCGCCCCGACCAAAAGCAGAUAUAUAAAAUUUAUUAUUUCACAGUGACAUUCAAAUAAUAUUUUUCCUCUUUAAAAAAAAUAACUUAAUAAUUCAAAGCUGGGGAAAUGAUGUUAUGUAAAAUAUUAAACGGAGUUUCCUAGCAACAGUUUUUCAACAAAAUAAAACAACUGUUUACAAGGCUAGUUGUGACGUCAUCUCCCGGUCCACCCGUAAUAAAACGAAAGUGCAUCUCUUGAUCGUCUUUAAAAAAAAAAAAAAAGGUUGUGCUCAGGACUCGAAGACAGUGGCGUUACGAAAUAAGCUGUGACUCUUUGUGAAUAGGACAUAAAUGGUUUCAUUAACUGACCGGUGCCGAGUUAAAUUCAAAGCUGGGGAAAUGAUUUUAUGUAAAAAAUUAAACGGGAUUUCCUAGCAAAAGUUUUUCAACAAAAAAAAACAACUGUUUACAAGGCUAGUUGUGACGUCAUCCCCCGGUCCACCCGUAAUAAAACGAAAGUGCAUCUCUUGAUCGUCUUUAAAAAAAAAAAAAAGGUUGUGCUCAGGACUCGAAGACAGUGGCGUUACGAAAUAAGCUGUGACUCUUUGUGAAUAGGACAUAAAUGGUUUCAUUAACUGACCGGUGCCGAGUCACAGAAGUGUCCGAGUUUAAAUAUGAUCGAUAGAAAUCCUUGUGAAAUUUUCAUCUAAAUAACUUGACAUUAAGUCGUUCGUAUAAUUUCACCUUGCCCUUUUUCACACGCGUGUUACUUAUGCAUUGACAAGGACCACCACCCGUUAAGUGAUCCUAUACAAAAUUGCAUUGUACCUAUCGAGGAUUUAACACCAGUUGACGGCACUAUGGGUACACUCUUCGUCAAUAGCAUUUUAUACACUGGGAUAUUGACACAACCGUAUUUAUUUAUUUAUUUAUUUAGGCAUUUUUAUAUAGCGCUUAUCAUAAAGCUCUAAGCGCUUUACAGUUAUUAAAACAUGUAAACUAAGUAAAUACAAAUGAGACACUAGGAUAGUAACUACUAUUCUAUAGAAACAAUGAAAAUGGCUAUAAAAAGAGGACACUUUGACACUUCAGGAUUAAACCGAAACAGAAAAUUAGGUAGGGCAAGGAGGGUGCAUCACAGGUCAUAGGCGGACCUAAACAGAUGAGUUUUAAGGGACUUUUUGAAAAUGGACGAGGUUUCACUAUGACGUAUAUGGAAGGGGAGCUGGUUCCAGAACGUGGGCCCAUGGAAGCAGAAGGAGCGUUCACCGAUGGUCUUAGUUUUAGUUCUUGGGAUUGAGAGGGUUCUACUGUCAAUGGAAGAACGUAGUUGUCUUGUGGGGAUGUAAGGAAGCAACAGUUCAGAGAGAUAGACAGGAAAGUGAGGGUCAGUGAACGAGUUGAAGCAAAGAUUGGAAGACUUGUAUUUGAUGCGAGAGGAUAUUGGAAACCAGUGGAGUUGCCGCAUGUGUGGUUGAAUGUGGUCAUGUUUCUUUAAUUUAAAAAUGAGUCUGCAUGCUGAGUUCUGUGCCUUCUGAAGUUUUUCUAUGUGGUGUUGAGGAAUGCCUGAGAGAAGAAUGUUACAGUAGUCAAAUUUUGAAAGAAUGAGUGAAGAGACGAGAGUUUUAAGUUGUGUUUAGGCAGUUUAGGCACAGUUGUCAAGGUUGUUUGAUGAGAACGGCUAACUAGCCUUUCACGCACGUUUAACUGGGCAUUGAAUGAUUUCUUCCAAGGUACGAUGUGACGUCAGGCCAGUGCAAAGAAUCCAAUAUUUCCUCAUGCCACCUGAUUGACGGUAAAGUAGAUAGGUUUAUAUCUAUCUAUCUAUAUCUAUUAUUGUUGUAGCCGUGCCCAGCCGGUGGUAGUGAUGCUGUGGUCACUACAGUUUGAACUAGUUUAAAAUACUGGAUACGAGGGCUUGAGAACGAUGAAAGCUUUAGUUGUCCCUAGAGUAGGAAAAAGGCCGAAGAAAGAGGACAAUGUCUAAAAGAAUACACUAUAUAGAACACGUUAUUUAAAGUGAUAACAUUUACGGAUACAUAACUAGCACUAAACAUGUUGGAUAAGACUGGAUAUUGAAUAUUUUUACAAGUUAUUCAAAGAAUGACAAUUAUUAGUAAAGGAUAGGGGGACAACUCUUGAUAUAAUAGCUUAUUCAAAGUAUGACAAGUAUACAUAGCUAACCAUAAUUUAAAAAUCCACAACGAGCCAUAAUCACGUUCGGUGAUAAAGUUGAACAGCAACGAGGAUAAAUGAUAAUAGUAGACUCAGCAUGAGUAUUCAAAUGGCAAAUAAAAUAAUCAUUUAAUGAUAACUAAUUGUUACAGAAGUUAUGUAAUUAGUUUGAUUAGUUUGUUCAAUCUAGAAACAAAACGAAAAUGGGGAUAUCAUAAAAUUCACGGUCCUGGCCGGGAAAAGGGGGGGGGGGGGUUACUCUUUGUGAGUAGUUCUAUAUGUACGGCCGCUAGAAUGUCUGCCAGCAAUUAUAGUUAAAUUAGGUAAUGUCACUCUCUGGUCCACUGUGCACCUUCCAUUAGUUUUUAAGUACCAAGCCGACGUUGAUAUAAUUCCUGUUGACUUUCAUACGCCACAAUUGCAGGGAGAUCGAAGCGGGGUGCCUGGCGCUCAGAGUGCAACCAGCACAACUGUAAACUCCCCAACUGCUUCUGUUUCGGUGCCACGCCCAAGCUCCAGCUCUCGGACACGCCCAUGUUCAUCAUGCUGACGUUUGAUGACUUCCUCUACAACGACGUUUACUGCAAGUUUUUCCGGCCACUGUUUGUCGACAACAUCUACAAGCUGUACAACCCCAACGGGUGUCCGGUGAAGUAAGUCACACACACACACACACACACACACACAGACAACAAACGUGUACUCUGGAGUGUAUCUUUUGAUGUGCGAGAGUCUGUCAAAGUUGAUGUGAGAUAAUAAUUAAUUGGCGAUCAGUAGGUGUACACAUAAAUAGCGUAUGUGUAUUUGUGCAAGUGUGUGUUAUUUAAUAAUUCACAAUUGUGUGAAUAUGUGAGUACCAACAUUGACGAUGUCACACACGGUAAGCAGAAUGAAAUAUCAGAAUGAAAUAUCAGAAUGAAAUAUCAGAAUGAAAUAUCAGAAUGAAAUAUCAGAAUGAAAUAUCAAAAUGAAAUAUCAGAAUGAAAUAAAAUAAAGAAAAAAAGUUUCAUAUUGUAAUAAUUUAAUUUCUAAUCAAGCAAAUAAUUAUCAUGCACUCUUAUGACAGCAAACGUAUUUGGAGGUGAGCUGACAUCCCCUAUGAUGGCUUAAUUUAUAAAGCCAUACAACAUAUAUCUUAAGGCCAGGUAAACUUGUAAGAAAGUAUAACUCUCAAAGAACUAUUCUAGUGCUUAUUACCGAUUGGUUUUGAGGAUUUUACCAACUGACCUUUAGUUAGUUAUUUUUAAAAUGUCAGAUGGGGCUUUUAAUAAUUUGUCUGCUUUUCAUGUGUUCACAUAAAUGUGUUGACUACACAGUGAUGUGUUUAGUUACUCUUUCUAUUGUCUAGAUAAUUAUGCUCUACAUUUAUUUUCUUAAGGGAUCAAUUUGGAAAAUUAUCUAUUUGAAAUAGUAAUAAAAAUACAAACAAAAUUAACAGUUUUAGCUUUUUGUCUCUUUUGGAAAAAUAUUUUGGGUUGGGGUGGGGAAAGGGGAGAGAGGGGAGUAACAGAUGUCACAAAAUCGUUUUUAUGACAUCAAUGUCCUGAAUACUCAGACCUGAGGUUGACCUAUGACAUCAUUGUCAUGAACACUCAGACCUGCAGUUGACCGAUGUAAACAAAUCUGGAGACAAUACCCUGACAUUAGAGUGUCUUUUCUCUUCUCCACAGAAUAACCCUGUAUGUCUUGACAUUUGAUUGUCUUUACACCUUGUCAACAGAAUAGCCCUGUAUGUGGCCAAACAUAAUUUUUUGAGAUGUGAUUGUCUUCUACUUGUCCACAGGAUGUCCCUGUGUGUCACCACACAUAUGUUUUGACAUUCGCCUUUCCUCUUGUCCACAGGAUGGCCCUGUAUGUCGCCACACACAUAAUCUUGACCUUUCAUCUUGUCCACAGGAUGGCCCUGUAUGUCGCCACACACAUAAUCUUGACCUUUCCUCUUGUCCACAGGAUGGCCCUGUAUGUCGCCACACACAUAAUCUUGACCUUUCAUCUUGUCCACAGGAUGGCCCUGUAUGUCGCCACCAGACAUAGCAAUAUUUCUUUGAUUAAAGACAUGUUUAAUGCUGGCCACGAGAUAGCCUCCCACACUGUCUCUCAUAAGUUACCAAGGGGCUACCGCUGGGACUACCCUGCGGUCAAGAGUGCGGUAAUUUGUUGAGAGACAGAAGGAAUGAGAGAGAGAGAGAGAGAGAGAGAGAGAGAGAGGGAGAGAGAGAGAGUUUGGGAGCUUACAAAUAAAGCAUUAAGGUUAAUUUAAAUGAUAAUGAAUCGGACAAUUUUAUUGUGGAUGUCAAUAAUAAAGAAUGAAGCCUCAAGACACACCAAAUAAUGAUACUAAUCACCAACGAUUUCACUACUGAAAUAAAAACAUAUGUAUUUUAGCACGUUGAUUCCAAUUAUAAAGUCAGAAUCAGCGUGUAGAUUUAAGCUAUGAAUGUAGUCAAGAAAUAUAUUAUUAUACAGUAAUAAUAAAAUGGCUGGUGUUAAGUACAAUGCAACAGAAGCAAGUUCGCUCUAGGUAACGAGCAAUACCUAUCUCCUAAAACUGGCGCCAUUACUCAACUCGGGACGAACGUAUCUUCAGCCAUUUCGACAAAAUUUUACAAUUUAAUAAACCAAAUUAUUUUUAAAAAAUCAACUUGCUUUAGUAGUUUUUGAGUUAGGACAUUUAAAAAAUUGAAAAUGUAAGAUCAUUUGUCCAUUUGUUACGGUCUGUUUGUGAAUGUACUGGUAGUAACUGCUCUCUGGAUGCACCUGGGAUAACUAGUGCUGAUAAUAGUUAACAGUGAUGAACUGCCAUAAAGCUUUCAAGUUGAUUGAGAUACAAACAAUUUGUGCAAAUAAAAAAAAAAAAAUAGGUUAAGCUUUAAAAAUGGCUACUUAGAAUACAAAAUGUAAACGUUUCGGCAAAUGCCUUCGUCAUUACAACAGAAAGAAAACAAACAUUUAUAAUAAAUAUAUACUAAAUUUACACAAUAUAAGUAAACCGAAGUUAUGACUUCAGCUUGGAAUCAACAUACUAAUUUAGUACAAACCAAAUAUUUUUUUUUAAAAAGUUGUGUUUGUUGCCUAUUGUUGCCAAUUGUUGCCUAUUGUUGCCUAGUGUUAUCAUUUAAAGAAUAGCCGCCCCACUGCCGCCAGCACCCCAACUUAUUGAACGCCCCACCUUUCAGAUUGUUGGUGUCAAAAAGAACAUCCUCAAGGCUACAGGCGACCAUUCCCUCGUGAACUCCAUCGUCGGAUUUCGUGCCCCGUACCUCCGGUGUGCUCGCGACGUCCAGUUCGACGUGCUCAGAGACUCCGGCUUCCUGUAUGACUCAUCCAUCGGCAGCAGAGAACGCCCUCCUACCUGGCCCUGGACUUUUGACUUCCCGCCCAAAAAGUAGGCGCUCAGUACGAGUAUCUGCAGGUUAAUUUAGUGAAGAGAGCGGCGAAACGCAUGCUCAAAACGUGGACGUUGUCUACCAGUCAGUUUAGAAAAAUGGAUCAAUAAUUAGCCUACUCAUAUCUUAUCUUGUUCGUGUCUGUAGCAUGGUAUUCUCUGCCACAACGUUUUCUAGAAUUCCUGCCCUUCCUAUCUUACCGAACUUGUUUCUGUCUAUUCACCCCUUCGACAGCUUCGCUCCUCCGCAGACGCGCGUAUUCUUUCUGUCCCCAUGAGUCGCACAAAAACAUACGGUGAACGAUCGUUCUCUUUCUGUGCCCCUAAACAAUGGAAGUCUCUUCCAUUAAAUAUCCGCAAUAUACCGACCAUCACAAUCUUCAAAACAGCACCCUAAACACAUCUCUUUAAACUCUACUAUCCUGACUGAUUCCCCCCCCCCCAUUUUUCUGACCGAUAAGCGAUGCUGCUGGCUGCCAUCCAUGGCUUGACAUGUCAAUAGUUCUGGAAUGGGUGGAGUAAAUAUAAAAAUAUAAAUUUGUUUCGUUUCAUUUAAUUCAUGUAUGUUAAUUAAUUUUUUAAAAGUUAAUUAAUGACUGUGUUUGUUAAACUGCAUGUACUGCGUGGUGAGCCCAGUGCUUGGCUGGUGUAGCACGCUGUAUAAAACCACUAAUAAUAAUAAUUUACAAACUACUAUUUUGUUACAUUAAGGAGCGAGCCCCCAAUCCAAUAUUUUCAGAUGCAUGUACUGCCGUUGCCCCGUGAGGCGGUAUCCUGGACUCUGGGAAGUUCCACUCACGACGUGGAUUGGUGACGACGGGCGGCCAUGCAGCAUGCUGGACGCUUGCAGUGUUGGCCAAAACAAAAGCUCCAUCACGGAGAAGGAGUGGUUCAAUUUUUUUCAGUAAGAGAACAUUCAGAUGGAUUGACACUUUCCUCUAAUCCCCGAGGCAAUGUUCUUACUCUCAAAUUCGUGGAUACUAGCUUACAGAUUAGUUUGAUGUAAGCAAGUAGUGAGGAAAGUGUAAGAGAAGGGCACCUAUGCUGAAGACAAUGCAUUUUCAUUAUUAAAAAAUGAGCUGAUAUAUUUAAUUUGUAGCUUUUGUCAUUUGGGCUGAGUCGGGAACUGACCUGGAAUACCCGGAAAUGCCGGGUAUUAGCACACCCGGUACAUACCCGGACAAUGAAAAAAAAAAAAAAAAACAAACCCGACCCCAGGUUUAAAAAAAAAAGUUAACUUCUUAAUGUUAUCAUGUGUUUCACCUGGUGGGGAGAAACGCCAAUGACAUGUAGAGCCAGUACAUCUUUUUUUUUUUUUACAUAUGUUAGCGAUUGGUGUUUUGGUUUAUUCUGUUUGUCCCAUAGAUACAUUUUCUUGGAUCCACCACUGAACUCAUUCGUAAAUCUACAAUAAAGUGGUUGGCACCGUGCGCCUUUUUUGAAGGAAUAGAUACGUCUCUAUUUUAGAUAUGAAAAAAAAAUGUAAUGCAAUAUUUUUUUAUUGAAAGUCAUGAUCUAUAAUGCAAAUUAAAUAUUUGUUGUUUCUCUUCAGCCGACACUUCACUGACUACUACUACCCUCACCGUCGACCUCUGACCUUCUUUACACACGACUUCUUGUUUUACCGGAAUCCCAACGCCUACCCGGCAUUGGUGAGGUGGCUCGAGCACUUGCUACACAACUACCCGGAUGUCUGGGUGAUGCCACCGAAAUGGGUCAUUGAAUGGGUUAAAAGACCUUUGACCCUGGCCAAGAUGAAAACACACAGAUGGGGUUGUUGACGCUGUGUACCGUCUCGCUAACUGGCUUCAGAUCUACAAAACUGGUCAAUUAAUUAAAUGGAAACUCUAACCUAAUAUGAUUGAAUGUGUCUCUUUCAUCGGAGCCAUCAAAAAUGAUUUCACGCUAUUUUGGAAAUUAUUUUUUUUACACACUGCCCCCUUCCUAAGGAAAACAAUUGUCAACAAAAAUGUAACGCAGAAUGGAGAUUUUAAUCACAAAAGGACACAGUCUCGUUUAUGGACGGCCCACAUUCUCGUUUAUGGACGGCCCACAUUCUCGUUUAUGGACGGCCCACUGGUUGGCCCACAUAAAUUGCUUCAAAGAUACAUAUUUUUUUUAAAAAUUAAUUAAUUUAUAAUUAUUUUUUAGAUUAAAGAAGUUUAAAUAGCUUUAAAAAAUGCAUAUCUUGUGGUGAACGACGCGAUAUACGGAACAAAGAAAACGCUUCAAGAGUUUGUUAGCUAGAUAAUGUUCUCUUGGUUUGAUCAUUAAAAAUAUAACUUCAGAUAAAGCAUUAGAGUCUGAAUAGUCAACACUGGUACGCUUGUAAAUGUGCGGAUAAACCGGAAGAUGUUUUAAUGCAUACCUUUGUAUGAGCUGAUGGUGCACGUCAAAACAGGGACCAAAACAAUCGUCUUUUGAGACACACUUUAAGAGUUGCCUAGAUGCACACUUCAUGUAGAUGUUGUUACG